CAUUAUUCUUUUACUUUCUCUUCAAGGAUCCAGUGCUUGAAUUAUCUCGACAAAGCUUUAUCCUUGCCUGAUCCUAGACAAUGGCGUCCAACAAGAUCGUUAUCAUAGGGGGAGGCGUGAUCGGAUUGACUACCGCAUACCUACUCUCCAAGGAUAAAUCCAAUGUUAUUACAGUUGCUGCAAAGCAUAUGCCCGGCGAUUACGAUGUUGAAUAUUGCUCUCCAUGGGCCGGCGCAAACUUUCUGCCUGUAGGAGCUCCGGGUAGCGCUCAUGCGAAAUGGGAGGCCAAUACGUGGCCUGUAUUUGAGGACCUGGCGCGGAAUAAUCCCGAAGCAGGAAUUCACUUCCAGGAUUCUAUUAUAUACAAUCGCCUCAAGGACGCCAGCUCUGACACUGCUGUCUGGUUCAAAGAGCUGAUCAACCCGAACCCUUGGUACAAAGACAUUGUCCCCGACUUCCGCCCCAUACCCAAGGAGAAAUUACCCCAUGGAUUUGACAAUGGUUCCUGCUUUACCUCUGUUUGCCUCAAUGCGCCGGUCUACCUCGCGUGGCUCGUCUCACAGUGUCGUAAGAACGGUGUAGUCUUCAAGCGUGCUGUUUUCAAGCAUAUUGUCGAUGCAGCCGGUGCUCACCACUCUGGUCAAAAGGCCGAUGUCGUCGUCAACUGCACUGGUCUAUCUUCCAAGUAUCUGGGCGGUGUUGAGGAUCAAAAAAUGUAUCCAGCCCGUGGACAGGUGAUCGUCGUUCGUAACGAAGUUCCAGCGAUGUACUCUGUAUCGGGAACCGACGACGGUCCUAACGAGGCUGGAUAUAUCAUGAUGAGGGCAGCCGGUGGUGGAACAAUCCUAGGGGGCUGCUACCAACGGCACAACUACGAAAGCCAACCGGACCCUAAUCUCGCCAUCCGUAUCAUGAAAAGAUGUGUGGCUCUUUGCCCCGAACUAGUCGGAAAAGACGCCAACGGCAAUCAGCGCGGUAUAGAAGCCCUUGAUAUCGUCCGACACGGCGUCGGCCUGCGGCCUCUUAGAGAAGGAGGUCCUCGAGUGGAGCGUGACAACAUCGGCGGCGUUUCUGUCGUACACAACUACGGCCACGGAGGGUUCGGGUAUCAAGCUUCAUUCGGUACCUGCGCUGAUGCGGUCGCGCUGGUCGAAAAGGUACUGGAUGAGAAGAAGCGCAGGGCUAGACUAUGA